AUGACAGCCUGGAAAAAAAUAGCUUUUGAACUUGAAAAAACAAUCCAAGCCCGUGACCAAGACCAAACCGAAGUCAACUGGGCAUUACUAAAAAAUAAAUGGGAACAAAUCAUUGAAGUUAACAGACAACUUAAAUCUGAAGACGGAUCAGAUGAUUACCUCAACGAAGAAAACUACGAUGAAGUAAAUGAUGAAAUGAUAGAGCUAGAAAUUCGAUCAAAUCGAAUCAUGAGACCAACUCCUCUACCUGCCGUGCUACCCCAAGAAUCAAUACCCUUACAGACCCGAAAACUAACAGCGCUUGAACUCAAAAAAUUCAACGGCGAUAUUCAACAAUGGAGACCCUGGUGGGAAGCAUUUCGAGUUUCUAUCCACGAAAAUUCUGCACUAAAAGAUGUAGAACGUUUUGCCUACUUAGAAAAAUAUCUUGAGGGAACUGCUGCAAGAAUCAUCGCAGGUCUUCCAACUACUGGAACCAACUAUUCAAGAGCUAUUCAACUGCUUGAACGACGCUAUGGACAAAACCACCUCAUUGCACAAUCACAUAUUAAAAGUCUGUUUAAUCUGCCCAACGUCGAAAAACUCGAGCAUACCCGAAAUUUAACAACACUUGUCGAUUCAGCAUUGGUACAUAUUCGUGCUUUGGAAGAUCUAGACAUUUCGUUAGACCAGUAUUCUAUAAUGAUCAAGACAAUUCUCUUAGAACGAAUACCUAACGAAUUACAAAUCAUGUGGAAUAGACAACCAAAUCACCGGGAUGCGGACGUAGCAACGUUCAUUGAUUUUAUUCAACAAGAGUUAAUUGCCCGAGAAAACAUCUACCAACCAACAAGAAAUAAGCCCACAGUCAACCAUCAGAACAACAACAAUCCAACCAACAAACAACAGCAUCUAGGAACAACAACUCAGCUUACUAUAAAUGAUGGAUCAUCAAGAAGGGGAAUAAAAUCUAAAAUCCCAUUUUGUGCAUACUGCAAAAUUUCUCAUGACAAGGAGCCUUGCAACAAAACAUUACAAGAAAAACGAGAAAUUGUUACCAAGGAAAGAAGAUGUUAUCACUGUCUAGCAAAAACACACGCAAAAUGCGACCGCCGAUGCCCUCACUGCAACAACAACCACCACAUCACGCUAUGUCCAAGUAAAAAUACCAUCGCACCAACAACACUAACCAGUCUCAUACAUCUUCCUACUCACGAAGGUAAACGGUCAAUUUUAAUGAUUGCCACUGUUUGGGUAGAAGGCCCGAGAGGCACAAAAAAGGUUGCAUUACUUUACGAUAGUGGAGCUCAACGCUCAUUCGUGAGUAACAGACUCACAACUGAAUUAAAUCUGGCAACAAAUGGAGUAGAAACUCAUCAAUUCCAGUCUUUUGGAAACCAAGUGGAACCUACUAAAAGUGUAUAUCGAUUCAAUCUCAAUGUACGGUCAUCACAGCCUGGCGCUGAAGCAAUUCAACUAUCAUUAUUAGGAACAGAUACAAUCUGCAUGACACCACCAUACCACGCAUCCGAAUUCGCCAGAACAAUCAAACAAUCUGGAAAAUGGCUAGCCGAUGAGCGAAUUCUCCCAAAUAGGAAAAUCCCAAAUGAGAUCGACGUGUUAAUCGGAACCGAUUACUAUCGCUCUAUCGUACUAAACGAAGUAAUUACCAGCAACAUAGGACUGACCGCCGUUAACACUGUAUUCGGCUGGGCCUUACAUGGAACCCUUCCUGCAAGUAACCCAACAGAGGUCCUAUCAGUUACAACUCUAUUAGUCAACCAGCACGAUGCCUCCACAGCAUCAGCAGACAUCCAGAAUCCAGCCGUAUCAGAUCAACUUUUCAACAAUGAAAAUCAACCCGACGAAUCCUUCGAUCUACGAGCAUUCUGGACUCUUGAAGCGUGUGGUAUUCAACCAACCGAUGAAACCAAAAAUCCAUUCGUAGACAAAUACGAAUUAGGCAUCAACAGAGCUAGUGAUGGAAGAUACAUCGCACCUUUACCUUGGAACGACAAAGUGAAUGAACUCCAAGAUAACAGAUUCAUCGCUCAAAAAAGCCUCGACGGUUUACUAAAACGCUUAAGAACUAAGCCAAACUUACUUAAAGCAUAUGAUAAUCAGAUUAAGGAAUACAUCCAACUAGGAGUUGUUAAAGAAGCUAAUCUAAAUUUCAACGGGAUUUUCACGUACUUGCCACACCAUCCGGUAGUACGCAAUGAUAAAACCACUACUAAGGUUCGACCAGUGUUCAAUGGCGCAUCAAAACCAAAAACCGGAAUCAGCGUGAACGAUUGCCUCGAACCUGGACCAAAUUUGAAUCCCGAAUUAUUAGCCGUUUUACUUCGAUUUCGCACAUUUAAGCACGCCUGGAUAAGCGAUAUCGAAAAGGCAUUCCUUCAAAUUCAACUAACAGAAACUGAUUCUGAAGCUUUACGUUUCCUCUGGGUGAAAGAUCCAGAGGACUUAAAUUCAGCAGUAGUCGAGUUAACCUGGGCUCGACUCCCAUUUGGACUAACAUCAAGCCCAUUCGUAUUAAGAAUGGUAAUACUCACCCACAUCAAGAAAUACGAAGAUAUUUAUCCUGAAGCAGUUCAGCUCAUACGAGAUCAACUUUAUGUCGACGAUCAACUAGGCGGAGCAAGUACAAUACCGGCAGCACAAGUCCUCAUUAACCAAACCAUCAAGAUUUUCGCUGACGCCAAACUCGAUAUGAAGAAAUGGAUUGCGACCCAGGAAGAACUCUUACAGCCCAUCCAGUCUAAAGAACAAUCAAACCCUACAGACGGUCUAAUUGGAUCAAUUAUUACCAGUUCCCAAUCAGCAAGAGUACUUGGACUCGGAUGGGACUCAACGAAAGACGAAUUCUAUUAUGAUGCAUCCAAACUUCAAACUCAAAUAAUAGGAUUAACCGGAACUGUCACCAAACGCCAAUUCAUCAGUAUUUCAUCACAACUAUUCGAUCCUAUGGGAGCUCUUGGUCCGUUCAACCUCAUUGCAAAAAUAUUAUACAAACGGAUCUGGGAAGCUAACAUCGAAUGGGAUCAACCAAUUCCAAAUGAAGUAUACUAUCAGUGGAAGAAGGCAUUGGACAGUCUCAGCGAACUUAAGCAUUUUAGGAUCUCAAGAAAAAUCUUAUUCUCAUCACCGGGAGUAAUUAAUAUCCAUGUUUUUUGCGAUGCUUCAGUAGAAGCUUACGGAGCCGUCGUCUACAUUAGAGGAAAAUCAACAACCAACGAAGUAUCAAUAUCACAACUUUGCUGUAAAACUAGAGUAGCACCUAGUGGAAAGGAAAUGAGCCUAGCACGAAAAGAACUUAUGGCCGCUUUACUAGGAGCUCAACUAUCAGACUACAUCAAGAAAACCUUCCACUCUAUCACUACCAUCUUUCAAUUUUGGUCCGAUUCUCGCAUCACAUUAGCAUGGAUAAAGGGCGACCCACAACGCUGGAAGCCAUUUGUCCGAAAUCGAAUCAUAACCAUCAAUCAACUCACCAAGAAUUCAAAUUGGGCACAUUGUCCCGGACAAGAUAACCCUGCAGAUCUAGCAUCCAGAGGAGCAACAAUAGAUGUCCUAAACAAGGAUUUCUGGCUACGUGGACCAUCAUGGUUACAGAAAGAAGAAAAUCAUUGGCCACAUCAUCCAACCACCCAAUUCGAUGUCAGCAUCUUCAAGGAAGAAUUGAGUCUAGAAGGAAAGAAAACCAUCGUUGCAACAAUAAAUUUGGGACAACCAGAACCUUUCCCAUUUUCUCGAUUCAGCUCACUCGCCAAACUCAUAAGAGUCCGAGCCUGGAUGAACCGGUUUGGAAAACUACGAGCCGACAUUCCCAAUUCAUCAAUCACUCCAGUACAAAUUACAAAAAGGAAACCACUGCCACGAUCCCACAACUGGACACCACUGCGACCAAUCUGGGAUCAUCAGGAGAAAGUAAUUCGUGUUACAGGAAGAAUUGAACACCACUUUCUUGAUUCCAACGCAAGAGCUCCAAUCAUAUUACCAAAGGAUCAUCAUAUCACAGACUUAAUCAUAAAAGAAGCUCACGUCAAGGUUGGACAUCAGGGUAUUUCCGCCACACUCGCAGAAAUCCGCGAAACCUACUGGUUUAUUCAUGGCAGAGAAAAAGUGAAAAGGAUUUUAUCAACCUGCGUAAACUGCAAGAAAACGCAAUCACCAUCGUUCGACGCUUUAGCAGCAGCAUUACCAACAUGUCGUGUCCAACAAGCACGACCCUUCGAAUUUGUUGGAUUAGACUUCACAGGCCCACUCUACACCCGUGAAUCCCAGUCUGAAGACAUUAUGAAUUCAUAUGCUCUACUAAUAACAUGUGCAACAACCAGAGCGAUCCAUGUCGAAUUAGUUCCCGACAUGACAGCCAUCACAUUCAUCUGUGCACUAAGAAAGUGCAUUGCUCGCAGAGGCAUACCAACAACGAUCUACUCAGACAACGCGAAAACAUUCAAGUCAGCUGCCUCCUAUUUCCAAGAAAUCAAAGAGGAUCCCAAGAUAUACAACUUCCUCAGCAACAACAACAUCACUUGGAAAUUUUCUGCCAACCUAGCUCCUUGGUGGGGUGGUUGGUGGGAAAGAAUGAUUCGCACACUAAAACAAGUUUUACGGAAAACCAUCGGAAGAGCACUGCUCUCAUUUAUGCAACUAGAAACUGCACUCCUUGAAGCAGAAAAUAUCAUCAAUUGCCGGCCCCUGACCUACACCGACAAUUGUCUAGAAGAACCUCUCCCCCUCACCCCAAGCCAUCUUAUUUACGGCUACAAACUCAAUUCCAAAGCAAUUCACUCCACAGAAACAGAAUCCACCCCAACAUCCACAAGAACAAAACUCAUGUCCCAAGAAACAAAACGAAAUCGAGUCCUUACCCAUUGGUGGAACUGCUGGAGGAGAGAGUAUUUACAAGAUUUAACUCGCUUUCGCACAGCAAAUCGCCCAACACGACCCAUUCACGUUGGGGAAAUUGUAUUGGUACAUGAAGCCAAUAUAAAACGACAAUUAUGGCCUUAUGGAAUCGUUACACGAUUAUUGCCCGGAUCAGACGGAGUAGUUCGUGCAGUUGAACUAAGACUAGAAUCAGGCCAAACGAUUCGCCCUAUCCAAAAUCUAUUUCCAUUGGAAGUCUUCUCAGACGAAUCCGACGCAGCUACCGCAGAGAACGCCCCGAAAAUUGCACCGGACGACAAGAAUCCAUCCACUGGACAACCGAAAAUUCUUGAUCAUCCUGAUCAACCGGGGGAGGAUGUAGAUUCGAAUUAUUACCAGGAGGGGGCGCUGAACUCAAAACACAAUUCCAAACAACUAUGA